UCCCUCUUCUUCCCCUUCUCCUCCGACGACGACGACGAUCUCUCUUUCGCUUCUCUACCUCUCUCUCUCUCUCUCUCUCUUCUCUGCCUGUGUGUCGUUGGCCGUGGGAAAUGGCGACCUGCUUCUCCCCACUAUCGAUCUCCUCCUCCUCCUCCUCCUCCGCCGGUGGGUCUCAUCUGAAGGCUCGUGAGCUUGGCUUUCUCAAGUCAACUUCAUUUCGGACUGGACCAAGGCUGAAUAUCCAGAAGAAGUCAAAUGAAAUUGAAGACAAGAGGCGCUUUUCAGUUCGUGCUGAGUACCAUGAUGGUGGUAGGGGUGGAGGCAGUGAUUUUGUUGCCGGUUUUCUUCUGGGUGGUGCUAUUUUCGGAACGUUAGCUUACGUAUUUGCUCCGCAGAUUAGAAGAUCUCUGCUAAAUGAAGACGAGUAUGGGUUUCGGAGGGCCAAGAGGCCAAUAUAUUAUGAUGAAGGCUUGGAGAAGACCAGGCAGACUCUGAAUGCGAAGAUCAGCCAACUCAAUUCUGCCAUUGACAAUGUUUCUUCUCGUCUGAGGGGUGGAAAUAAUGCACCUAAUGUCCCAAUCGAGACCGAUCCAGAAGUAGAAGCUACCCUGUAGAUCAAUGUGCCUCAUCCGUCGACAAGCUUGGUAGAUGCGUUCGAUGCCUAUUUUGGACAGCAAAAGCAGGGAAGAGGUGGUGUUACGCAAGUAGGCGUGCUCUGAAGGGCAUGAUCCUGCUGAUUUCUGUUAACUCAUUUGGGUAUUGAUUUUUCUUGUGGUGAGCCGAGAAAGAAAUAACUGAAACAGCCAGCAUCUUUGAGUUUGCAGAUGCGUUGGACCGAUACUUGAUAUAUUUUCUUUUGUCUUCGCCCUGUGGACUAAAGUUGAGUACAAAUAUCGCUUCUGCAUUUCAACAA